AUGGCGACCAUCCAGAAGCUUGCGGAGCGGCUUGAGUCCGACGUACCGCUGCGGGUGGAUGAGAUGACGUUUUGGUCCCGGGAGAGUGACAUCGGCCGCGCAAAAGUCUUUUACGGCCCCAGCCUGGAGGAGGCGAAGCGGUGCGCACAACGCAUCUCAGACAAGCUGGUCACGAAGUACCUGAACAACCCCAACACGAAUGAGGUGCCACUGGAUCACAAGUCGCGUGUGUGUCUCAUCCUGAAUAACCUUGCUCUUCACAAGCCCAUCCGGGGCUGCAUCUUUGAUGUAUUGGACAAGCUGGAGGGCAUUUUUGAGGAAUCGAUAAAGGAGGAUGGAACGUUGCCGUUUAAUCCCGAUCUGGGACGCAUGACGGAGCAUGUAGCCGUGCUUCUCAUGCGUGUGACCGGAUACAAGCUGAAGGCUGUGAAUGUGCUUGAGUUUACGGACGGGAACGCACAAUUUUCUGUGCAGCUUAUGCUCGCUAUAUUGCUGAAAGAACCUGCGUACGAAUUUGGACUUCGAGGUAAUUGCAUAACCAUCAUUCUUGGCUUCACGCAACCUCAGGCUUUUUUUGAUUCCUCAAAAGGAGUAGAGGAGGCCUCUUGCCUUUUAUUUACGGAGAAGGUCGACUCCCUGUUGGCCUUAAUGCUUCGACUGAGAGCCGUUCAAGUCAUCAGUGAUGUCUUGACCGAGCAACUGGACAGUACGAACGUGAUGACUCCACUGCUCCAUGUGGCGACAUGCAGUGUCAUGCGUUGUGUCAUGAAUAUAUUCCGUUUUUCAUCCACAAAGUCAACGCAGUGGCGACAACACAUUCUACUUUCCACCACCUUACUGGAUCAUUCUGUGACGUUGUACCUUCUCAUGCAGUGCGAGGCCUUGCAAAAGAGUUUGGAGGGAGCGAGCCCGGAUCUUAGCGUUGAAAUGCUACGCGGAAUGUCACUAGGAUUUAAAUUUGCUUCUUUGUGCACCUUUCGUAUGCACCGCCAUGCUAGAAGGGUGCGUCUGUUCUGUCCUUACCUGCAUGACAUGUUACAGUUUUCAAUUCGCCACGUGAGACAAGAUAACCCGGCGUCUGGUGUUCUCAUGCGCCUGUAUGUGGACAUGUUCCACCUCAUGGCCAACAUAGAUGCUCUUGGCGGGGAGAAAGAUCUCUCCAUUGAGGAAAUCCCUCAACAAUUGCUGAGCGAGGCCCUCUUGAAAACAACCGAGGCUUUCUUGCAGCGGGAGAUUGCCCCGGGCGGGCUGGCAUGGGCGCGGGCGUGGCACACUGCUCUGAAGACAGUGGAGGCGGACACACUUGUCGACCGCAGCACCCACACUUUUACCACACUGGAGAAGCUCUUUGGCGAUUUGGAGCCACGCGUGGCGGCGCACCAGCCGCUGCCGUCUCCCGCCCCUGUUGCUGCGGGAGGAAGGCAUCGCAUCCUGGGCGAGAUGCCCCCGCUACGUUCAAAGACAGCCGAAGUGAAGGUGCCCGUUGAAAGUGCCGCGGCCCCAGUGGACAUGAAACAGCACAUCGAGGUGGUUCGGAAGGACGUCAUUGAAGGUGUUGAUCCCAUCCUGCUGUGCGCCCUCACCGGCAAUGUGAUGAAGAGACCUGUUGUUUCGCCGUAUGGCCACACGUUCGAGCAGGAGGCGUUACUCGCGUGGCUCGAGCAGAACGGCUCCGUGUGCCCCAUCACAGGGAAAACGCUGACGGCGGAUUCACUGAGACCCAACAAGGAGGUGGCGGCGCUCAUCAUGAAGCGGGUGAUUCAAGAGAGCAUGAGCACAUACAAUCAGGAAAACGAGGCCGAUCUCUACGACUUUUAG